UGCUCCAGUGCCUAGUCGCUGACUUGCUGUCUUGCUGAGUGUUGGGCAUGGCCCUGCUGCAGUGCUGCUCCGCUGCUCGCCUCAAUCAUUCAGCGCCUGCCGCCUCCGCCUAGCAAGGGAAGACUCAGCUUAUCAAUCAUUUUCUAAUCAACAAGAGUUGGUAUAUUGUUAAUUUGCCUGGAUAUGGGUGAGUCUCUGUAAUUUUGGUUUUAAUUUGGGCAAUUUCUGUAAUUCUUGAGUCUAUUUCAUGCUGGGAAUAUUGUAUACUUGUAUUGUGAAUCAAUUGUUAUUCGUGUUUAUUCCUGAUCAUAUGCUUGAAUCAUAUUGAAGUGCCAAAAAAGGAUUGCUUUUACGCCUUGAGGCAUUGCUUCAAAAUUAUUGAUCAUCCUGUAAAACAUGUUGCGGACUGAUAUGUAUUUAGGCUACAUCCGCUGUAGUUAAUUUGGUCUCCAAUCGUGUUGUUUAUUUUCAAGUUUAUGAAGUAAAUGUCUCCUUACAUGUCAUUGUGAAAUUUUUUUUUACAUAUUUGAUUAUCGAUUGUGACUCACCAGUCGGAAAUUCCUGGGUCCGCCACUGAUCACCAAUAGAUAAAAUUCUUGUACACAAAAAAAAAAAAAUAAUAAUAAUAAAAAUUAAAUUAAAUUAAAUUAUGAGAUUCUAAAUUUUAUGUGGCACAGGCGCACAGCUGGGAACAGACUCAAAUUUUUGUAUAGUAUGUAUCACGGCCCACAUAUCAAGCAGUCCAAUCCAUUUUACGAUGGUUACAAUGAACACACCCCUUUUUUCCAAACUAAACGUGGCAGCCAAAUCAUACGUAUCAUUUACUGCCUAAUAUUGUACAUCUUCUCACAUCACAUUUACAUAAAUUUCCAUAAUAGCUGACAAUUUCAUACAUAAAUAUCACAUAUCUAAUGCUUUCAUCCAACAUUUCUAAAAAUAUGAAGACAUUCAACAAGAUUAUUAUGUCAUUUCUUCUCUCCCUAAUUCUUUUGUCCUACCUCUUCGUAACCCCAUCGUCCGCAGGAUUGGUGCAAAGCAGAUAUAAACAUAAAACAGUUUCGAGUACGAAAUUGUUUGUGUUUGGUGAUUCUUAUGCGGAUACCGGAAACUGGAAAAAGACGGUUGCAAUUUCUUGGAAAAAACCUUAUGGUAUCACUUUUCCUGGUAACCCUUCCGGUCGCUUUUCUGAUGGUCGGAUUCUUACUGAUUAUAUUGCAUCAUACUUGAACAUAACAUCACCAAUACCAUACGAGCAAAGAAACUCAAAAGGUGGUACAAGUGAGUUAAAAUUUGGUAUGAAUUUUGCAUAUGGAGGAACUGGAGUAUUCGACACGGAUAUUUCUCAACCAAAUAUGACUUCCCAAAUCAAUUUGUUCAAAACUGUUAUUACUCAAGAUAAACUUUAUGCCAAAAAUGACCUUCUUAAUUCUGUUGCUCUUGUCUCUCUUGCUGGCAACGACUAUUCGAACUACCUCAAGCAUGGCUCUCAACAGAAUUUGACAGACUUCACAAAGUCAGUUGUUAACCAAUUGGUCUUAGAUCUUCAACGGAUUCAUAACUUAGGCGUACCAAAGAUAGCUGUCACAGCAAUGGAGCCUUUAGGAUGUUUACCUGCUAUUACAUUAUUCUCUGGCUACAAGAACUGCACCCAAGGUAUAAACGACAUCUCCCUAACUCACAAUCAGUUACUCCAAGCAAAUUUAAAGACGAUAUCGAGCAAAACAUCCAACGAACCGGGCGCCUUCUUUACCUUGGACCUGUAUGGUGCAUUCUUAUCAGCAUUGCAGAAACAAAAAUCUCAUAAUAAAGGAAAUUUCGACUACGGUAACUUGUUGCAGCCAUGUUGCCAAGGUGUUUCAGGCGAUUUCGGUUGUGGGAGCAACGACGGCGAUCAAGCCAAGUACACAGUAUGUGAUAAGCCUACUUUAGCAUUCUUUUGGGACACAGUUCACCCUACACAAAAUGGGUGGUACCAAGUUUAUCUUGCCAUUGAACCUUCUCUCAAAGGUCUUCAUUGAUAAAUAUAGUAUGUAAUCAAUCCUAACCAUGUAUGCUAGAGUUUAUUAUUAUACAAGUAUAUUAUAUAUUAUUAUUUGGAACUGAAAUUGCAUAGCAUGAAAUAUUAAUAAGAU